AUGUCGUCGGUGCCUUCGACGGGCGCGACGCGCGGCGCAGGCGGCGCGCCGUCGACGUCCGCGUCGACGAAAACGACGACCGAAUCCAACGUCGAUGGUGUUGGCGCGGUCGAUCCAGACGUCAAGGCCCGCUCGAGCGCGACGAGGACCACGACGGAGAGCGAGAUCGAUGCGGGGAAAACAGGAAAGAUGAGCGCAUCAUCGAGCGCGAAAACGCGCGACGAAGAUGAUCGCGUCGGCGCGGAAGACGUCGACGACGAAGAAGGUGGGGGAAACGUCGGAGACGCCGGCGGCGACGACGACGGUGGUGACGACGACAAUUAUGAAGAUAAAGAAGAAGAAGAAGGAGACGAUGAUGAUGAUGAUGAUGAUGAUGAUGGCACACGUGCGUCGAACACGGCGCACGUCGGCGCGGCGAACUGCGAAGGGGAUGACUGUAGCGACUCGCUCAACGAGCAGGUGUACGCAGUCAUGGAGGACGUCGCGACGAAAACAGCUCUAGACACCCAAACGAGCGUGGAUGACAUUCUCGCCCUGGCGACAGGGACUAGCGAUCAGUCACCACGAACAAUGCAGGAAGAGGCGAUGGAUGAACGGGUCGCCGCGUUCUCCAUGACGGUCAUGAUUUGCAUUUUGUUGCUGACGAUCGUGCUCGGCGUCGUGCUGAAGCACUAUAAAUCAAAGUGGUUGCACUCAAGCGGGGCGGCACUUUUGCUUGGCAUCGCCGUAGGAUGUUUUGUGUUCCUCACGUUGGAGGCGUCGUACGACACGAUGCCUGCUAACAUGCGCUACGGUAUCAAGGCGUUCGCGUCGAGCAUGAGGUUCGAUACAAAGUUCUUCUUCCUCGUGCUUCUUCCACCCUUGGUGUUCGAAGCCGGGUACACACUGCACCCGACGACGUUCUUCAACAACGCGGAUGCGGUUUCAAUGUUUGCGUUCGUGGGCUCACUUUCAAGCGCGAUCACGACGGGAGUCAUGAUGUACGUAGCGGGUUUGACAGGCUUGAGCUACAAGUUCUCGCUCAAGAGCGCGAUGCUCUUUGGGGCGUUGAUCAGUUCGACCGAUCCCGUGACGACCUUGAGCAUCUUUAGCUCGACGCCAGUCAGUCAAGAUUUGCACGCCAUCAUCAUGGGGGAAAGCAUCAUGAACGAUGCCAUUACGAUUGUGCUUUUUGAGUCUCUUCUCCUGGGCGCCUCAGCGACUGACACCAUGACGGUGGUGGAUAUGCUGCAGCAAGAUGCAUCCUUCUUGCCUCUGAUUCUCGAAGCGAUCGGUACAUUCAUGCUCGCUUUCAGUCAAGCGACGCUCGUCGGUGUUGGCAUAGGUUGCUUUUCCGCGCUGCUGCACAAGUACGUUCGAACGACGAAUGACUUCGAGGAAGGGUGGGUCGUCGAUUCGGCGCUGGUUCUCCUUUUACCAUACCUGAGCUACUCUCUCGCUGAAUCGUUCGAGCUAAGUGGGAUCGUGGCGGUGCUGUUCACGGGGAUCGUCAUGGGCCGGUACACGCGCCCGAACCUCGCGCGCGCGCCGCGCAUGGUGACCAUGUGCGUGUUCAAAAUUUUCAGCUUCUUGUCUGAGACGUUUGUCUUUGUCUACAUGGGGAGCGCCAUGUAUUCAUUCAGAAGCGCUCACAUCGUAACCGCGAUCGUUGGAUUGCUGGUGACGUACAUCAGUCGCGCCGCAAAUAUUUUCCCCGGAUCGUUUCUCUUGAACGUGACCUCGGCGAGAAAGAACCCGGCGCACAGCAUCACGCCGAGAAUGCAAAUCAUUCUUUGGUUUUCUGGCUUGAGGGGAGCCGUCGCGUUCGCGCUCGCCGAAAAGGCGAGACGCGAUCUCGGCGAGCAAGGUCACGUCAUGUUCGACGUGACACUUUUUAUCGUGGCGUUUACGAUCGUGAUUCAAGGCGGGAUGACGACUUGGCUGCUCAACAAACUUAGCGAGCCCGCCACGACCACCAGCGAUCCGAGUAACCCGGAGAAACGGGUCCUUUCGAAUAUUUCGCGUUUGAUAAGCAGCGUGGAGACGAACAUCAUCGAACCGAUACUGUCAAGAACGCCAGCCGUGAACUCGAGUGAGAGAACGUCACUCCUUCACGGCGAUUAUGCCGGCGGGAGAGAGGAAGCGGCAGAGCCGCCGUUGUCUGGGCACUCUGUCGGGCUCGCGAGCGAGUCGGUUGAAGCCGCGGUUGACGGCACGUUCACUCAGCGCGGUGAUCUCUGA